AAAAACUCUUCCUAAAUUUGCGCUUGUCAACAUCAUUAUAAGUGCGCUCCAUUCAUAUUCCCAUUAAUUACGCACAUUCCGUUCUAUGGAAAUUAGACAAGAGGUCAAUCCUUCAUCAUUUCCUGACUAAAUAUUGCGCGCGUCGGGAGUGCCUGCAUAACCGCAUGAAGAACUGGCUAUACUUUCAAUAAACGUCGUUGAACCUCGAAAGAUUUACUCUACCAAGUCAACAUAAAGAGCUGAUCAUGUUUGCGCUACGUGUAUUGCGCAGCCUCGUCGCAAUUUAUUCCAUUGAAGCGCUCGCGUCGAUUACGUGUGCCGAAUCCCAUUUGAAAAGUGGUAAAAACAUUUGAAACAUUUCAUGCAAGUUGUAAAUUAAACAGGAUCUCUAUACAUUAUGUUCAAAGCUGGAUGGAUGCACCUCUCCCCGAUUGUGUUUGUUUUUGCUCGAUCUUUCAUAGACGGAUGUGAAAUAUACUUGAUAUUACCGACAGCUUGGUAUUACAUGAAGUCAAUAGGUCAAACAGAGAGAUAUUUGGCAGUCGUUUUAAUCGCGUUCAAUGUUGCUGCUGUUGUCAUGACUCCGCUGUUUGGGCUCGUCGGUGAUCGCCUUGGUCACGUGAAACUUUUGAUCAUUACUAGUUUUAUGAUGAAGGUUUUGGGCAAUAUGUUCUAUUGCAUUAGAGAAUUUCCCGUGUUUCCACUUCUAGGGCGAGUUUUGGCCGGAAUGGGUGAUGGCUCAAACGGUCUUGUAUUCCGCUACGUUGCGUUAAACACAUCUAAAGAUGAACGAGUUAAAAUGUUUGUUCUUCUUGAUGGCGCGUAUUGCCUAGGGAGCUCAUUUGGCCCUGCUAUCGGGAGCGUAAUAACCUUUAAGGCAACUUUCAUGGGAUUGAAAAUCGAUGCAGGAAAUUCACCAGGUAUUAUUUUGUUCUGCGUCUGGUCUGUUUUCCUGGUAUGGUCCUUCUUUUUGCCUGGCAAUUUAGACGAGAAAGUGGUAUCUGACCACGUUGAUUCUUUAGUUUCGAGUGAUUGUGCAAAACAUGACGAAACAAUAACGGAAAAAUACAUGACACAAAAUCGAGAAGUUACCAAUAAAAAAUGGCAGCACUGCAACUCGGAGGUGGUUUGCUUGUUUUACUUGAUAUUUUGCAGCGAGUUCUUUUCCAGUACGGCUUUUUUUUCAACACCACUUCUUGCCGAAGAAGUGUUAAAACUCAAACUUAUUCAUAUAAAAUUAUACUUCCUCAAUAGCUCACUUCUGAACUUUGUUUUCUUUACUGCAACAUACAUCGCUUCGAAUCGUUUCGAUGAAAGGAGAAUCGUCACGUUUUUUAUAACGAUUCAAAUAAUCGCCUUGUCGUUGCUGACAUCACUUGCAUUAACGUGGACCCAUUUCUCGUACAUUCAAUAUUAUAUUCUUUUGUUUUACGUAACGCUCGGCUCUCCAUACAUUAUAUUUGUUCUUAGUUGCUCGUUACUGUCUAAAUUCACCGAUCCGAAGAACGCUGGGUUAUUUCAAGGUAUAUCGCUUGCGACCGUUCAUUCUUCAAUCGUCAUUAGUCAAAUAUUAGCAAGCUUUGUCUUUACACAAACUGGAAUGGUGUAUUUCAGUGUUUGUCUUAUUUUUUUGUGGCUCUUUGGGGCUGUAUGGUAUGCUUUUGCGUUUGAAAACUCAAGCAAAAAAAUGCGCAUGCUACGUUGAUCCUUUAAGAUUCUUAAUUACCAAAUAAAUGCAUCGCCGGAGGACCUGGUUUUCUAUGCACAUUCGUAACUGUUUUGCAAGGAAAUGUGAACUAAAUGAAAUUUGAAAACCUCUCUUGGUUUUCCCGGAAACAAUUCGUCACUCCUUCAAAAGACAUUUGUUUGGAAAAUGUCUGACAUUUUUAACAUUAGAGCACUUUUUUAGUUAGUCGAUGCAACCCAUGUCAAAUUACAGACCCAUGAAUGAUAGGCAACUCAUGAUUUGGACGCAAGAGUUUUAAGCGCACAACGACUGAAUUUAAGACAUGGACUUUUGUAGCUGAUGAUGCAAAGUCGUUUAUGAUGAAUAUAUGGACGACGUGAGGAACUCAAAGUUUCAACAUUAGAUCAUUUUUCAUGAAUGAAAAGCACAAAAAGGAACUAUGUUUGACAAUUAUUUUUCGUCACUGCAAUCUGUUGAUAAAGAAUAAAAUAGCAUUUGUAAUGUUCUGAUAAAUCAUUAAACGGAUGAGUAAUCACAAAAAUCAAAGUAUAGCUGCAAGAAAAAUCUCGUCAUUGAUGCUUAGGAGACGCCGGUUUUCUGCCAAGUUGUCUAAAAGUAAGCUCCCUCCUGUUUUCCCAGAAAGUGACCAAUCGCCUUAGAAAAACAUUGCACAGACAUAGCAAAUCAAAUAGUCGUUACAACGUCAAUAUGAGUGAAAAAAACAAACAUCGUUUUUACUUGAAUUUUCAUACAUUGAUUAUUGUCAAGUGACGUCAUAUAGAAAGCUGAUCGAUGACAUUUUGUCGCUGGAUUUAUCUCAUACAAUCAAUUGUGUGAACUUUUCAUAGUUUUCUUAUUUGGUUUAUGUUUUUCAGUAACAGUGAAUGCAGCUCAAAGACUUAACUUUUUAAACAAAUCAGUGAUAUGAAUACAGACUAGCUUGAAAUAUCAUCCCAACUGCCGAAAAUGCUACAUUCAGUUUUUUUGGUAAUUCCAACAGAAAGAUUUAAAAACUCUCAAUAAAAGUACAUUUUCUAUGAUGAAAAUAACGAGAGAUAGAACGAUCUCUUUAACGUAGACGGCUUUUGUAUUUCUGGCAUUUGUGAAUCAUGUAACCUUACCUAGCAAAUUUUAGUAAACAUGUGCCUUGAAUAUUAA